ACCAAAAACAAUUUCCUCUGAAAAUCGGAAGCGUAAAUACGAAAGUCUGAAAUCAAAGCAACACUGGAAAUAGCAAUAUGGAUUUAUGUACGACGCUAGAAGAUAUUAAGCACUUUGCAAUAGUUCGGUGAUUUAUUUUUCCUGUUGCUACAAACAUUUUUUGUUAAAUAUGGUGUUGCUCUAAAAUCUGAUUUGUUACCACAACGAAAUUAUUAAAAAAAAAAGUGUUCCAUCGGUAAAGGUGAUAAGAUUUUCAAAAAUUGCAAGGCACCAUAGCAACCCCUCCAACGCGUUGCUGUUAACGUCUCAGCAGCGUUGCCAUCACUGCAGCCAUUGGAUUUAGAUCGUUUCAAUCCAUCCGCGGUUCAGAGAAGUGGACGAGACUUUCAAAAGCGCCUAAAAUCCUUCCGGUUAUAAAUAUUAUAAACCUAAAAAAAAUCAGUUCAAAUAUCUAAGCCAAAUAAAUGAAAUUAUAAUCGGAAAGAACAUAUUUACAUACAUAUAUAUACAUUUUAACAAUUACGUCAAGUGUGCCAAAAAUGUUUAACCAUUUACUGACAAAAUUGUGUUUGCAGUGUUAAAAAUAAAUACGAUAGGUCUAAGUUUUACACUAUUUUCAACAAAUUAUUUGCUGAGGCAUCAUUGGCUUUACACUUGCCAAUGCGAUCGUAUGGUCAAUAUAUAUCAAUAGGAGCAACCGUAAAAACAAUCAUUGAUACGCAAACUUAUAAAGUUAAAAUACAUAAAUAAAAAUAUUCGCUUUGUGUAAUCGCUUAGACAUAACAAAUUAUUUGUCAUUUUAGCGAAAAUUCUUAUUACAACAUUUUCCUUUGCAAAUAAGAGUUCUGGAACAGUUCAUAAUAUGAAUAUUAGUGGCGGAGGUAUUAGUGGUGCACAAUCAGUGACCACCACGUCUAGUAAUGUUGUGACAACUGGAUUGAAUAACAAUGCGUCCUUACCAUUCCUACCACAAAUGGCAUUGAUUACACCAACAAUUAACGCAACAGCUCUUCCAACCACUUUUGGCGAUAAUAAUUCAAUACCACCAUCAUCUGUUCAGCCUAUUAUAAGCGUAAUUACUUGCUCAAACAACGUCGUCAGCAAUCAGCACAGCAACGAAGGCUUCCUAAUGUCAAGUGGAACUCAAAAUAAUUUUUCAUUAGCAGGAUCCUCCGCAAUUGUACCUGUAAAUGUCAUAUUAACCAGCGUUAGUGAAAGUGCCAGCGCAAUUACCGCAAACAUAACUGCUGGUGGAGAAAAUGACAUGGUAGGGGGAAAUAUGGAAAUGCAACCUACAUCUAUUAUUCCCGCAUCUAUAAUAGUACGCAACCGACAACAUUAUCAACCGCAUGGGAACAUAAUAAACUCUCUAAAUGCAGCAGCUCCUUAUAGUGUUGCACAUAACCCAACGGCGGUGACAAUUUUUACUGACGAAAUUCCAAAGCAAUUUCCAUUUGGAAUACCACCAAAAAAUAUUGUACUUACGCAGGUACCUACUACAAAUGGAAAUAAUUUAUCUCAAACCUUAUUAAAGCCUCCAUCGGCGGUUACCAACAUUGGAGGAAUUAAAUCACAAAGUACGAAGAAAACGUCAACUGGGUUGAUUAACGAGCCAAAAAAAUGUACAUUAUCAUGCACCGGAAGCUCAAUAGAUAUAAUAUCAGCUCCUAAAAAGCAUUUUUCGCCCGUACGUGCUCUACAAUCACCUUGUAUAGAGAAUAAACCAGUGCUACCCUUAUCUGAAGUCGGCAAAGAUAUUGAAGCUGAUUCAAGUUUAACUUCUCUAAAUAAAGUUGAGCAUAAUAUGAAGUCCAAUACUUUGGAUACAGAUAUGUCGAAAGGACGUUUACAAACUGCGCCAUCAGCUGCUUCUACACCAAAAGUAGAAACGUCUACUCGAACAAACUCAUCUUCUAAUUUAAAUGCUUUGAUGCCGAACAAUAAUGUUUCCAAGAAAACGCCAAAUACUUUAAUAAAUAGUGAUGGUUCAGUUAAAGUGGAAAUCGAUUUAACUAAACCUGUCUUGCUGCAGGCAAAACUUGUUGAAAAGCAAGAAUCUCUUCUAAAAGUACCUCCAAUGACGAAACGUACAAUAGAAAUCACAAGCCCAAGAUCCCAACGAUCUAAAUCGCUGAGCAGUGCCUUUAAGGAGUCUCAGUUAAAUAGUAAUCCAAUAUUGGUCAAGCCCAAACAAACUUCUUUAUUAUCAACUCAGAACACAUUAUCAGAGCGGCGCCAUUCGACGGCAUCCGAAAACAAAACCCCUAAACAAAAAGUCAGUCCACCGCGUCGUAAACAGGCGUUGUCUUCGAAAAGUACUUUUUUUGAAACAGACUAUGAGAUUAUCGAUCUCGUUGAUUACAAUGAGGAAAAUAUCGAAGCCAUAGCCGAAAUACAUCAAAAAAUUAAUUCGGAGAAAGAGAAUAAUAUAUUAGAAUCCCAAACAGAUAACCAAGUAAAGGAGAAAAUCCAAGAGAUGAAAGUAAAAACUUCAAAUAUUAUUGAUAAAAAUGUAUUAAAUUCUGGUCAGCACGAAUUUGCCACCGACAAACUAACAGAAACCUCAACAAAUAAAUAUCCGAGUUUAGAAAUUCAACAUGAGAUGCCACCAAUAAAAGUGGAAAUUAUUUUGAAAGAAGACGAAAAUCAAAUUAAUCAACAACAAGCCUUUACCGCUGAAAAGGCUGAGAUUACUGUUCAAGACUCCAAAGUAGAAGACACGCAAACUUCUGUGGAACACACUCAGGACUCCCUAGAAAAAUCUCUUUAUUGUGACGAAAAAAUCUCAUUAAGUUCGACAUCCUCUGCAUCUACCUCAUCUAGUCGUCAAAGUCUACAUGACGAUUCCCAAAUGCCGUCCUCUUCAAUUGCUGGCCAAAAUGUAAUAUCUAAAUUAAAUCUACCCAGCACUUCGGCCGCUGCCGGCGUUGCGCUAGCACUGGCACCCACUGCAAAGACAAACACAACAUCUGCGGAAGAUUCAUUAUCUUGUGCACUAAAAAUGUUAUCCAAUUUCAAUAUGUUAACCUGGAAUCAGCGAGUCGGCAGUGCGCGUGGUACCUAUAUGCGAUUUCAGUUAAACGAAUUCAAUCUUAUUGAAAUUAAUGAACGUUGUUUACCUCGCACACGCAUUCAUACGGCUUAUGAAAAACCUAUUUAUGAGCGAGAGUCUGUUCCCAAUUUGAGUGAAAAAAAUAAUGGACUUUUGUAUUUGUGCAGACGGUGUAAUUGUCAUGGUCCGGCGUUGGACUUCUUGGCACCAGAAUUUUGCUCUUUAGACUGUCUAAAACGAGAAUCUCGUAAACGUCGGCAUGAAGAGUACACAACGGUAACACGCAAGCGCAAAACCCAAGAAUCCAAUGUACAAGUAAAUAGCAAAAAAUCCUUCCGUUGGUCGACAUAUCUGCCUGAAAAGUUUAAUGCUAUUGCCGCGCCAGUAAACUUGUUUAUUAAUCCAUUUCCAACAGGCCCAAAUCGCUUUCAGAUUGGUAUGAAAUUGGAAGCUAUUGACCCGGAGAACUGCUCACUUUUUUGCGUAUGUACCAUUGUUGAUAUUCAAGGAUAUCGCUUGAAAUUAACGUUUGACGGCUACGAAUAUAUGUAUGACUUUUGGGUUAACGCGGACUCUAUGGAUAUUUUCCCACCUGGCUGGUGUACAAAAACAAAACGAGUUUUGCAGCCACCGAAAGGAAAAAGCUUUAAUGAAUUCAAUUGGCUAUCAUAUUUAACAGAAUGCAAAGCAAUAACAGCACAACGUGCACUAUUUACCCAUUUAAAUGCUUCAUUGGGUACACAUAAUCCCUUUAAGAUUGGAAUGCACUUGGAAGCCGAGGAUCUUAAUGAUACUGGAAAGCUUUGCGUUGCCUCAGUUUCAGAUGUACUUGACAAUCGUAUACGUGUACACUUUGACGGUUGGGAUGACUGUUACGACUAUUGGGUAGACAUUAGCUCUCCCUACAUCCAUCCUUGUGGCUGGCAUGUUGGUCGACAGCAACUAAUUGUGCCCCCCGAAUUCGAGAAUACAACCUUUUCAUGGACAGAAUAUAUUAAAACUCAUGGCAGUGGUAUGGCUGCAACAGAGGAAAUGUUUUCUACACGUGAUCCAAUCGAUUUUAAAACCAAUAUGAAAUUAGAAGUUGUCGAUCCACGGAAUCCCUCAUUAAUACGUCCUGCUACAGUUGUCGGUCGCAAGGGACAUCGUAUAAAAUUGCAUCUCGAUUGCUGGGCAAGUAAUUACUGCUUUUGGUUAGAGGAUGACAGCGCAGACUUACAUCCAAUUGGUUGGUGCGAGGCUACCAGUCAUGAUUUAGAACCACCACCUGGCUAUAAGUUACGGACAAGCAAGAUAGUAUGCUCAACAUUUGGGUGUCGCGGCAUCGGCAAUGCCAAACGCCUUUACCUAAAUACCCAUACUACCAAGGAUUGCUGCCCAUAUGCGCCAGAGAAUUGGCGGCAGAAAAGCGAAAAACCACCGCGUUUGGAACAUGACGAAAUUAUACGACCAGAUGCUAUUUUAAAACGUGAUAAUACGAAACAAAAUGCUCAGUCUUUAAAGUGGAAGCAACCAAAGCCUCCACAAUCACAACUGAAAGAUGCGGAAAUAUUGCAGCAAAUUCAGCUCUUAGACAACAUAAAAACACGACAUCUUAUUCAACAGGAAAAGCAGCAACAAAAACUAAGUGUGCCACAAAGUAUACUUAGAACCGAAAACAGCUCCACGUCAGUCCAGCAGCAGUCAUUAAUCAAAACCGAACUCAGUACACAAGCGCUAAGAUCCUGCCAAACAGUCGAUAGUUCAAAUAUUGAGCAGUCAACAUCGUUGUUAAUUCCACAAAUAAAAAUUGCUAAAGAAUUUCUUUGCGAUUAUGGUCCACGUCUACAACAGAAUUAUAAGAUAUGGCAACGGAAUGUCGCUUUUGAUAUGCAGCGCAUCAAACGCAAUCCUCUACUCUGGUCUACGAGGGAUACUUGCGCCUUUGUACAAUGUGUACUUCAAAACUCGGAAAUAACAGAAAGGUUCCUGCGUGAGGACAUCGAUGGUAAUGCUCUAUUGCUACUACAACAGUCGGACCUGACGGAAAUACUUAACUUGAAAUUAGGGCCAGCCGUCAAGAUAUUUUCAUGCAUUCUUCAGCUACGCACAUUGGCAGCUCUCAAAUUCAAUGUAAAGUUAGGAGCCAAACAAAUAAGCAAUUAAAACCCUAACCUAACCCCACACAACUUUUUCAGUUUGAUGGGUUUCUUUGUAUAUAAUUAUAUUAUAUAUAUUGUUGGGAAACAUAUACAUUUAAGUAAAUUCUUGUUAUAAUUAUUAGAUUAUAGUGCACUAUGAAAGUCGCUAGCUUGCUACAACUUAUAAUAUCGAGAACGGCGAAGUAUGUGUAUAUUUUAAAUUCAAUCCGAUUCUUUUUCUAGUAAUAAGUUAUUAUAUUACUACAUACAUUAUAUAUGUAUAGUUGCCAUAUUAAUGUAGUGCUAAAUAGGCACAUUUGGAGCACUUUCAAAUUUAAACUGCUAUUAAAAAAUAUACCCAUUACAAUAGGUAUUAAGAAGGAUCAAUGUACCCCGAAUAAAAAUGAAUACAUAAAUAAAGGCCAUGUCUCUUCAACUGCCUGCCAUUUAGCACUAACACCA